AACUUUUAAAAGAUUCUGGCAGCCGGGUGGCGGUGGUGGUAGACGCCUUUAAUACCAGCACUCAGGAGGCAGAUGCAGGCAAAUCUCUGUGAGUUGGAGGCCAGCCUAGUUCACAAAGAGUUCCAGAAAAGCCAGGACUGUUACAUAGAAACCCUGUGGUGGGCGGGGGGAGAGGAGCAAAAAAACAAAACAAAACCCCAAAACAGGCAUGGUGGCUACGUGUUUGUAAUCCCAGCACUCCAAAGGCAAAGGCAAGCCAGCCUGGGCUACAAAAACAAAAUGGGGGCGGUGGUUGUUUGAGAAUUGGCCGUGGGUUGAACGUGGAAGGCUGAACCUGGCGCACUUCCGUGAAAAGCGGUAUCUCGGGAGCGAUACCUGGAUUCCCGGAUUCCGGAAGCUGGUGUCACGGAAGCUGGUGUCACGGAGUCAGUUACAAAAUUCAAAUCUGCUAUAUGGUCACGCGUGAUAGGUGGGUACGGGAAAGGCGGGAGUACGUCAGUUCCCAUCUUGCCUUGGGGCUGUGCCCUGUAAAAGGCACUGUACCCGUACCCACGUCCAUUUUGUACGCUCGGGAGCGGAGGAGCGGGUAGUGGCUGUGACCUGUGCCAGACACCGCAAGAGCAGGUACCCUAACGGUGGGCUAAGGCGGGCAGUGGUCUCAUUUUAGUGUAGUACAUUUAAUUUAAAACACCACUGUGUGUGAAUUAGGGAAUAUUUUGGGACUGAGAUUCCGGUAGACUGUUUUCCCCUCAGAGAAAGUUCUCGGUGGGUGUGUGGUGGGAAUGUAGCUGAGGUGGUCCCUGGCACUGCCAAACAGAAGGACGGAGGAAAGCUCCGUUAAAAUCCGAUUCUGAUACGGGGGUGGGGGGUGUGGCGGGGAGACCCGACCGAAGCCUCUUGGGGCGUUUGAGGAAAAGUUUUCGGAGUGGAAGGAUGGAGGCUCCCAACAGUGGGACAAGAGGGCAUUUUGGUUCCAAACAGGCGGCAUAGUGUACGGGUGGGGUAGGAGGAGGGAGGUUGGUCGGUCUGGGACCGGUGGGACAAUGGUGGCUUGGCCCGGGUUUAGUCUUAAUGUCCUGUGGUAGACUGGCGCCAGCACCACAGUAGCAUGGCGGCACAGCCACUUGGAGAUGUCCCAAGCGGGUACGGGUUGUGGUUCUGGGGGGACUAGCCAAUAAGCUGAGGCCGAGUCAGGUACGCGAAACGGGUGUCGGGCUGAGGGGAGAGUUCUGAGGACCUGGACAUUGAACUAGUGGCCUAGCCGAAGGGGAGGGGACCCAGGGUCGAAAUCUCAUUGAUGGGAGCUUCUAGGAGCGAGAAGGGCAAAGUGCCAGAAUUUUUUUUUUCUAGAACUUUCCACGAGGCCGGUGGGCGGGGACAGGAGCAAGAUCUCUUUGUGAUAUUCUUAACAUGGAUACAAGCAGCAGUGAGGACUGUGAGGCCUAUGUGCCUGAAUUGCCAGAGAAAAGGUCCAGCUGUGUGGUGAUUAACUCUGAUUCUGACUCUGCCCGUGAGGAAAAGAGAGCUAAGAUCUGUGAAAUAAGCAGUGAAGAUGAGUCUUCUGAUGAGUUGUUUUCUGAUGAGUCUUCCGACACUGGGGACAACGGCGCUCAGAAGUCUUCAGUAAUUGUUAUCGAUGAUGAAGAAGAUGGCAAUUCCUGUUUGAAGGAUUCUGAGAAGAUAAGAAUUGAUUCUAGUGAUGAGUGCCAACCGCCAGUGCUCCAAAAAGAGGUGGUUGAAUGUAUUGAUUCUGAGCCCAUUUCACUUGAUGAUGAUUCUGAAAUAGGGGAUCUUGGUGAAAUUUCCAACAAACCACCACCAGAGCCAGAGCCCCAGCCCCAGCAGGAGCCUGAGCAGGAGCCCGAGCGGGAACCCGAGCCCGAGCUUGAGCGGGAGCCCGAGCUUGAGCGGGAGCCCGAGCCAGAACCCGAGCCCGAGCCAGAACCCGAGCCCGAGCUUGAGCGGGAGCCUGAGCCAGAACCCGAGCCCGAGCGGGAACCCGAGCCCGAGCUUGAGCGGGAGCCCGAGCCCGAGCCAGAGCCCGAGCCCGAGCGGGAGCCCGAGCGGGAACCUGAGCAGGAGCCCGAGCGGGAACCUGAACCCCAGCCCGAGCCCCAGCAGGAGCCCGAGCCCAAUCCCCAACCUGAGCCUGAGCCCCAGCCCCAGCAGGAGCCCCAGCCUGAGCCCGAGCCCCAGCCGGAGCCUGUCCCUGAGCCCGAGCGGGAGCCCCAACCUGAGCGGGACCUCCAAACCGAGCAGGAGCUGGAGCCAGAGCCGGAGCUGGAGCCAGAGCUCGAGCAAAAGGUUACAGCCGAAGAGGCCAAGGAAAGAAAGGCUGCAGCUCUGCUGGCCCAACAAAGAAAGAAGAGAAAAAAUAGGUUUAUAUGUAUGGCACCUCCUAAGUCACAUAGGAAACGUCGUAGGGUUGUCUCACAGGAUUUGCCCAGCCUGCCAAGUGCCUCUGCAGAGCCUAGUCCUCCUGAUGAGCCCACAUCAUCAGAGCAACCUGUUCCUCCUGCCGAAUGCAUGCCAUUAAAGAAACCCAAAGGCAAAAGGGGACGCCCACGCAAGGUAGAAUGAUCUUUGUGCGAACGGGGUUGGGGGCUCCCAUGUCCAUCUUUCUUACACUCCAGUAUGUUAGCAUUUACUCUUCAGUACCUCUGGAGUGCUUUUUCCCUGAAAUACCUGUCCCGAGGAUGUCCUGGGUCGUCAUCCUCAACAUGCCCCCAUAACUGGUUAAUUGUUAAUUCCUCUAUGCAGCCAUAAGUUAGAAUGGCUCCUCCCUCCUAGGUUCCCAGUUUUAGAGUUUUUAUCAAGUGUGUAACAUGUUGCCGAAUUUGUCCCCUCAGAAGUCUGUUCAUAAAAGGACUCUUGAUUUAUUCUCUUGAGGGUCUAGCCUCGUGAGUGGCAUGUAACAAGAUGUUUAAUAAAUUUGUUAAAUAAAGUGA